AUGGGGUGGUGCCAAACCUCCCAUUUGCUGAGCGCCGAAAACGUGGAGCUGCCAUUGCGCCAGCCGGAGGAGCUCGGAGAAGAGAUCGAGCAGAUCCUGGCAAAAAGCCUUGCGCAAGCGCAGCGGCCUGCCUCUGAUGCAGGCUUUCGUGCCAAGGAGCAAGACGCCAUGGUGGCCGAGAUCAGCCACGGCCAUGAGGCUUGGGUUCGACACCUGCGGCAGGAGCCGCAGGCACACAUGGAGGGCAUUUGCUACUGCGGCUUCCGGGUAAAGCAGGCUAUCCUGCAGCACUUCCGGAAGCACCGGCGUGACCUGCGCCUAGCGCAGCCGCCCAAGCGCCUCUUCGCCGGGGUGGAGCCGGAUGAGUCAGGCUACCACCAGAGCUACCCAUACAGAACACAGGACGACGUCAUCUUCAGUGCUGAACGCGCUGCAGCCCACCCAGAGGUGGUGCUGUCACACCAUCUCACGACAGCUGCGCGCUUGCUUGAUCCCUCGCCGGAGAUAGCCAAGGAUAUGGGCCUGAGUUCCUCCAGCUUAUUCACAUUCCGCCACUAUGAGCAGGUCUCAAUCAAGGUGCUUCCGCACCUGAGGCACCUGGCCACAUUUCUGGUGGAGGGAGCCCGGGCCAUCCACUCGGUUACCGGGGACGUGUUGAAGCAAGUGGCCAACAUGGCGAUCAAAGUGACAGCCCUGGAGUUCAUGGUGAACUGCUGGAUCAGUCCGCGGCAGGCACAGUCCGCGCCCUGCACGGUGCAGGAGCUAUGGGAGGCUCUGAAAGCGCGAGGUGGCGACGUGUCCGCGGCAUUCUUGUUUGUGGCUCUGCAGCAGGCCAACCGCGACAAGUUGGCAGGGAUCCGAAAGCAGCUCCGCCAACGGAACCCUCGACUCUGGGCCUCCUACUACGAGCUGCUGGACAAGGGCGAGGGCGACCACCAGCGCGCGAAGGUCUUGGAGCUGCAGGAGAUGGUGUGCAAGCGAGGGGCCCGCCCUUUCGCGGCACAGCUCACAGCACAGCUGGCGCAGCUGCCGCAGACCGUGGCGCAGCUGAGAGCCAAAGCCGAGCAGCUGCGGGCGGCGCAGCUCGCGGCGCAGAAGGCGCAAGACAAGGCCUCCAGAGACCUGAUGGUGUCCAACCGCGCCUUGAGGAAGGCGAAGUUUUCUGGGGACUGCAGCAAGCAGCUGGACGAGGGCAAAGCCGCCAAAGAGUUGGCCCGUGUGGUCAAGGUGAACAAGGAGGAGGCUGAAAAGCUUGGAGCGGAAGCCCAAAAGCUGGAGGAGGAAGCUGAUAAGGAGGAGUCAAUGGAAGCGUCUGCUGACCGAAUUGCCGAGGAGGUGACGGCUGCUGGCAACAAAGCGGUUUCAGACGAUGCCGACCAAGCAUGGCAGGAGGUUCUGGCAGAAGUGCCGGCUGCCCCUUUCGAGUACGGCUACCCGAAAGCCCUGACUUUCUCCUUUGAGGUGCCAGCGCUCGGCCAGUGGCAUGGCAUCGCCUCAGCAGAGGUGGCCGUCAUGGUCGAGGUGGUGCAGGAUUUGUUGGACUAUGUGACCUAUGCUGGUGGUGUCGGGCGCAGACGUGCUGAUGCCGUCAGCGGCCUGGGUGCUGGUACAGGAAAGCCUGGGCCGCAUGACUGCGCCUUUGUGGCCGAGGAUGCCACAGGAGGCCCCCGCAUGGUGCCGCUGCGGGACCUUGUUUUCGAUGAGGUGCUGGACAAAGCCUUCGAUGACAAGGAGUAUGGCCUCCAGCUCCUUGAAGUCUCCGACCGGGGGGAGCGCCUUGUGAACGAGCUGGCCAGAAAGUUCAAUCAGGUAAAUCGCCUGGUGGAGCAUGAUCCUUUGUGGAGAAGCAGGCAGCUUCCCAGCCUUUUGCAGAAAGUGUGCGAAGGGCUGCGGCGCGUGCAGCUGCUGAUGUCAAAGGAGUUGCAAGAGGUUUGGAAGAUCACGUUUCCACCGAUCUUCUACCCAGAGGACGAUGCGGAGCUUUCAGACGCACUGCCAGGCGGUUGGCUCGACUUGGAGGAUCUCUUCCUCGCGGUACACCUUCUGCUAAGGUACCUCUCUGAGAUGAUGAUCCUCUCUGGAGAUGUGGUACGGGUGGUGCCUGGCGCCAGGACAAUGACCAGGCGCCAAAUCAGGGACGCUGCACCAACUCCAGAGCUUCACUCCUUGGUGGAGGCUGCGGAUCGCACGCCGUGGUUGUGCAUCAGCGUCGACACGAAGGAGCACAGCAGUACCGAGCCGAACGAGUCACCUCUCAAAGAGGCGCUCGCAAUCCUGAACGAAGUGCUCGUGGACCAUGUGCAGAGCCUCCUGUCCGAUUUGCAUCGUGCCACCUACCAAGCAUUUCUUCGCGUCGUGGCAGCGUAUGGGCGAUGGAAGAAGACCACCAAAGCUGCUAGGGAGACGCGCAAGAGCGAAGUGCAGGCCGAGGAGAGGAUAAAGAAGCUGGCCAUGCGCAAGGUCCGUAACAUGCGCAGCACCCUCGCGUUGGAGGAGCAGGUGAAGGAUGACGGUUCAGCGGAUGACAGGAGCGCGGCAGUCGAAGAGGAUGGAGAGCCCAAAGAUGCCAAGUCACCUCGACGACGCAAGAGCAUUGUUGGCCAGUCAUCCCAUCCAAGCCAAGUAGUGCCUGGACCUGCAGCACAAGAAAGGACAGAAUCAAGCCCCGAGCCGCCCAAAGCGGAGGCUCCCACGCGAAGGCGCAAGAGCGUGUACGGGCAGCUCGAUAAUUUGGAUUGA